CAACAACAAAAACAAUCAACAAUCGUAAAGUUUUGGGUGGCGAGCGCUUCGACCUGUUUUAAUUAUGUAUACGCAACGUAUGUUUGACAUGUGGAGCAGCGUCACUUCAAAACUGGAAGCACACGCCAAUAACCUGGGUCAAAGCAACGUCCAAUCGCCUGCGGCACAAAACAAUUCAAGCGGUUCAAUCAAAGCUCAAAUUGAAAUAAUUCCAUGCAAAGUCUGUGGCGAUAAAUCAUCGGGCGUGCAUUACGGCGUUAUCACCUGUGAGGGCUGCAAGGGUUUCUUCCGGAGAUCGCAGAGCUCCGUGGUUAACUAUCAGUGUCCGCGCAACAAGCAAUGCGUGGUGGAUCGGGUGAAUCGGAAUCGCUGUCAAUACUGUAGACUGCAAAAGUGCCUAAAAUUGGGGAUGAGUCGUGAUGCUGUAAAAUUCGGCAGAAUGUCCAAGAAGCAGCGCGAGAAAGUCGAGGAUGAGGUGCGUUUCCAUCGCGCUCAGAUGCGUGCCCAGAGCGAUGCGGCACCGGAUAGUUCCGUAUACGAUACACAGACGCCCUCGAGCAGCGAUCAGCUGCAGCACACUAACUACAACAGCUACAGCGGCGGCUACUCAAGCAACGAGGUCGGCUACGGCAGUCCCUACGGCUACUCGGCAUCGGUGACGCCCCAGCAGACCAUGCAAUAUGAUAUAUCGGCCGACUAUGUCGACAGCACCACAUACGAGCCGCGCAGUACAAUGAUCGAUCCCGAAUUUAUUAGUCAUGCGGAUGGCGAUAUCAACGAUGUGCUGAUCAAAACCCUGGCCGAGGCGCAUGCAAACACAAAUACCAAACUGGAAUCUGUGAAUGACAUGUUCCGAAAGCCUCAGGAUCUAUCACGUAUACUCUAUUACAAAAACCUGGGUCAGGAGGAGCUCUGGCUGGAUUGCGCCGAGAAGCUGACACAAAUGAUACAGAAUAUAAUCGAAUUUGCAAAGCUAAUACCGGGUUUUAUGCGCCUCAGUCAGGAUGAUCAGAUAUUGUUGCUGAAGACGGGCUCAUUUGAGCUGGCGAUUGUUCGCAUGUCCAGAUUGCUAGAUCUCUCACAGAAUGCUGUGCUGUAUGGCGAUGUGAUGCUGCCACAGGAGGCAUUCUACACAUCCGACUCGGAUGAGAUGCGUCUGGUGUCGCGCAUUUUCCAAACGGCUAAAUCCAUAGCCGAACUUAAACUGACUGAAACCGAACUGGCGCUUUACCAGAGUCUAGUGCUGCUCUGGCCAGAACGCAAUGGAGUGCGCGGCAAUACGGAAAUACAGAGGCUUUUUAAUCUGAGCAUGAAUGCAAUACGGCAGGAGCUGGAAACGAAUCAUGCGCCGCUCAAGGGCGAUGUGACCGUGCUGGACACGCUCCUCAAUAACAUACCCAAUUUCCGCGAUAUUUCGAUUUUGCACAUGGAAGCGUUGAGUAAAUUUAAGCAACAGCAUCCGACUGUUGUAUUCCCAGCGCUAUACAAGGAGCUAUUCUCAAUAGAUUCACAACAGGAUCUUACAUAACCAGAGCCGCAAUUCAUGGAUACUUCAACCGGCUCUGUCGCAGAUGUUGCUGCCGGCUGUCCGCUGGAGAUACUUGCAACAGCAACAGCAACAGCAACAGCAACGGCACCGGCAACGGCAACUGCAGCAACGCCCGAGCAGCAGCUGCAGCUGGAGGACUGAAAGCGGCAACAACAAUAACAAUAACAACAACAUCAGCAACAAUAAUAAGCAACAAACAACAGA